CCUCUCCACCCCCCAUCCCACCUCCCCACCCCUCGUAAGAAAAUAAUGCUGGCAGGAGCCUGCACCUCCCAGUCGCUCCCAGUGCGCCGCGAGCAAAGGGCACCCGCUGAGUCUCCGUGCCGGGACCCCUGCCGAGCCGCCCUCGCUGCCACCUCGCCGGGAGAGCCGCUGCGCUCCGCUUAAGCAGAAGCGGAGAGCGCCGCGCCCGGGAACUGCCAGCUUCGGAGAGGCGCCGCCCGCAAGGACACCUCUCCGUCCCGCCUGAUCCGCAACUCUCGGCCCUCGUCUGGCUCGACGCGAGCCAGGAGUCCGGACGUCUCUGCGCGCGGCGCAGCAGCCGGAGCUGUCCCCGUUGCCUUCGCUCGGAGCCAACUCCGUAUCGGACCUGGGACUCUGGACUCUUGAUUCGCAGCUACUUCUCACCUCGGGGCUGCGCUGUCUCCCCGUUAGCCUUUCCGUUGUCCUCCACCGCUCAGGACGGGGGUGCCACGAUGUCCCGCUGCUGCUCAAGGCCCCGGGCCUCCCUCGACGUGUGACCCUAGUCUGGUCCCCCUGCUUGGCCGUCCGCCCUCUCCUUGGAGACCCCCGGCCCGGCCCCCGGGGGAAGAGGAAGAAGACGACGAGGCCGAGGGGGGGAUGUCCGGCUCCAAAAGCGUGAGCCCCCCGGGCUACGCUGCACAGACAGCGGCGUCGCCGGCGCCCCGGGGAGGCCCCGAUCAUCGCGCCGCGUGGGGAGAGGCCGAUUCCCGCGCCAAUGGCUACCCCCACGCCCCCGGGGGGUCUACCCGCGGCUCCACCAAGAGAUCUGGGGGGGCGGUGACCCCACAGCAGCAGCAGCGCCUGGCCGGCCGUUGGCGCGGGGACGACGACGACGACCCUCCACUAAGCGGCGAUGACCCUCUGGCUGGGGGCUUCGGCUUCAGCUUCCGUUCCAAGUCCGCCUGGCAGGAGCGCGGUGGCGACGACGGCGGUCGCGGCAGCCGGCGGCAGCGGCGGGGCGCGGCUGGAGGGGGCAGCACCCGGGCGCCCCCUGCGGGCGGCGGCGGCGGCGGCUCGGCGGCGGCGGCGGCGGCGGCGGCCGCAGGUGGGACAGAGGUGCGCCCCCGCUCGGUGGAGCUGGGCCUGGAGGAGCGUCGUGGGAAGGGCCGAGCGGCCGAUGAGCUGGAGCCUGGCACUGGCGCCGUCGAGGAUGGAGACGGGUCCGGGGAUGGAGGCAGUUCGGUGGCGUCAGGCUCCGGGACCGGCGCGGUGCUGUCACUGGGCGCCUGCUGCCUGGCCUUGCUGCAGAUAUUCCGCUCUAAGAAGUUCCCGUCGGACAAAUUGGAGCGGCUGUACCAGCGCUACUUCUUCCGCCUGAACCAGAGCAGCCUCACCAUGCUCAUGGCCGUGCUGGUGCUCGUGUGCCUGGUCAUGCUGGCCUUCCACGCGGCGCGACCCCCGCUCCAGCUACCCUACUUGGCCGUGUUGGCAGCUGCUGUGGGCGUGAUCCUUAUCAUGGCCGUGCUCUGCAACCGUGCAGCCUUCCACCAGGACCACAUGGGCCUGGCCUGCUAUGCGCUCAUUGCGGUGGUGCUGGCCGUCCAGGUAGUGGGCCUGUUGCUGCCGCAGCCACGCAGUGCCUCCGAGGGCAUCUGGUGGACCGUGUUCUUCAUCUACACCAUCUACACGCUGCUGCCUGUGCGCAUGAGGGCCGCGGUGCUCAGCGGGGUGCUUCUGUCGGCCCUCCACCUGGCCAUCUCUCUGCGCACCAAUGCCCAGGACCAGUUUCUGCUGAAGCAGCUUGUCUCCAAUGUCCUCAUCUUCUCCUGCACCAACAUUGUGGGGGUCUGCACUCACUACCCAGCUGAGGUCUCCCAGAGACAGGCCUUCCAGGAGACCCGGGAGUGUAUCCAGGCUCGGCUCCACUCACAGCGGGAGAACCAGCAACAGGAGCGGCUCCUGCUGUCUGUCCUUCCCCGUCACGUUGCCAUGGAGAUGAAAGCAGACAUCAACGCCAAGCAGGAGGAUAUGAUGUUCCACAAGAUUUACAUCCAGAAACAUGACAAUGUGAGCAUCCUGUUUGCUGACAUCGAGGGCUUCACCAGCCUGGCCUCCCAGUGCACUGCCCAAGAACUGGUCAUGACCCUCAAUGAGCUCUUUGCCCGCUUUGACAAGUUGGCUGCGGAGAAUCACUGUUUACGGAUUAAGAUCCUCGGGGAUUGUUACUACUGCGUCUCUGGGCUGCCUGAAGCCAGGGCUGACCACGCCCACUGCUGCGUCGAGAUGGGCAUGGACAUGAUCGAGGCCAUCUCGUUGGUCCGGGAGGUGACAGGGGUGAACGUGAACAUGCGCGUGGGAAUUCACAGCGGGAGAGUGCACUGUGGCGUCCUCGGCCUCAGAAAGUGGCAGUUCGAUGUCUGGUCUAACGACGUGACACUCGCCAACCACAUGGAGGCUGGUGGCAAAGCAGGACGCAUCCAUAUCACCAAGGCCACACUCAACUACCUGAAUGGGGACUAUGAGGUGGAGCCAGGCUGUGGUGGCGAGCGGAACGCCUACCUCAAGGAGCACAGCAUUGAGACCUUCCUCAUCCUGAGCUGUACCCAGAAGCGGAAAGAAGAGAAAGCCAUGAUUGCCAAGAUGAACCGCCAGAGAACCAAUUCCAUUGGACACAAUCCACCCCACUGGGGAGCCGAGCGCCCCUUCUACAACCACUUGGGCGGUAACCAGGUGUCCAAGGAGAUGAAGAGGAUGGGUUUUGAAGACCCCAAAGACAAGAAUGCCCAGGAAAGUGCCAACCCCGAGGAUGAAGUGGACGAAUUUCUGGGCCGGGCCAUUGACGCCAGAAGCAUCGACAGACUGCGGUCUGAACAUGUCCGCAAGUUCCUCUUGACCUUCAGGGAGCCCGACUUAGAGAAGAAGUACUCCAAGCAGGUGGAUGACCGAUUUGGUGCCUACGUGGCGUGUGCCUCGCUUGUGUUCCUCUUCAUCUGUUUCGUCCAGAUCACCAUCGUGCCCCACUCCCUGUUCAUGCUGAGUUUCUACCUGUCCUGUUUCCUGCUGCUGGCCUUGGUGGUGUUUGUGUCCGUGAUCUACGCCUGUGUGAAGCUCUUCCCCACUCCCCUGCAGACACUCUCCAGGAAGAUUGUGAGGUCCAAGACAAACAGCACCCUGGUCGGAGUAUUCACCAUCAUCCUGGUGUUCCUCUCGGCCUUUGUCAACAUGUUCAUGUGCAACUCCAAGAACCUGGUGGGCUGCCUGGCGGAGGAGCACAACAUCACGGUGAGCCAGAUCAACGCGUGUCACGUGAUGGAGUCGGCCUUCAACUACAGCCUGGGGGAUGAGCAGGGCUUCUGCGGCAGCCCCCAACCCAACUGCAACUUCCCAGAGUACUUCACCUACAGCGUGCUGCUCAGCCUGCUGGCCUGCUCCGUGUUCCUGCAGAUCAGCUGCAUCGGGAAGCUGGUGCUCAUGUUGGCCAUCGAGUUCAUCUAUGUGCUCAUCGUUGAGGUGCCCGGCGUGACGCUCUUUGACAACGCUGACCUUCUGGUCACCGCCAAUGCCAUAGACUUCAGCAACAACGGGACUUCCCAGUGCCCUGAGCAUGCGACCAAGGUGGCGCUGAAGGUGGUGACGCCCAUAGUCAUCUCUGUCUUCGUGCUGGCUCUGUACCUGCAUGCCCAGCAGGUGGAGUCCACCGCCCGCCUGGACUUCCUGUGGAAACUGCAGGCCACGGAGGAGAAGGAGGAGAUGGAGGAGCUGCAGGCCUACAACCGGCGCCUGCUGCACAACAUUCUGCCCAAGGACGUGGCUGCUCAUUUCCUGGCCCGCGAGCGGCGGAAUGAUGAGCUCUACUACCAGUCCUGCGAGUGUGUGGCCGUCAUGUUCGCCUCCAUUGCCAACUUCUCUGAAUUCUACGUGGAGCUGGAGGCCAACAACGAGGGUGUCGAGUGCCUGCGGCUGCUCAAUGAGAUCAUCGCGGACUUUGACGAGAUCAUCAGUGAGGAUCGGUUCAGGCAGCUGGAAAAGAUCAAGACCAUAGGUAGCACCUACAUGGCUGCCUCGGGCCUCAACGACUCCACCUAUGACAAGGCCGGCAAGACGCACAUCAAAGCUCUCGCAGACUUCGCCAUGAGGCUGAUGGACCAGAUGAAGUACAUCAAUGAGCACUCCUUCAACAACUUCCAGAUGAAGAUCGGGCUCAACAUUGGACCCGUAGUGGCUGGGGUCAUUGGGGCUCGCAAGCCUCAGUAUGACAUCUGGGGCAAUACAGUAAAUGUGGCCAGCCGUAUGGACAGCACUGGGGUGCCUGACCGCAUCCAGGUCACUACAGACAUGUACCAGGUGCUGGCCGCCAACACAUACCAGCUGGAGUGCCGGGGUGUCGUCAAGGUCAAGGGCAAGGGUGAGAUGAUGACCUACUUCCUCAAUGGAGGGCCUCCCCUCAGUUAGCAAGUGCUGGCUAGAGGUGCCAGCAUGCUGGCCUCUGAGGAAUGGAACCACUUCUUUGUGCACUGUGGGCAGAUGGGGCCUGUGCUCCAGUCUCACAGCCGUGCUGGUAAAAUUUCCACUUUGACUCAGAAGCAACUUCUGCCUUUGCUGGUGGGCACGGCCUUUGGCCUAGGCCCAGGGUGCCAGCGUCCUGCGAGCACCAAGCUGACCAAAGAUGUUUCCCUUGGCAGAAGAUUCCGAUAGACUUGAGUUGAGCCUUGAGUUUGACAGGUGCUGCUGCUGCUGCAUGAUGGAGGUGCCACUGGAGCCUUCAUUGGUGGCGCGGCAUGGCACACGGUGGCUGGCUGGCCUGAGGAGAGGCCUUGGCCAUGAUGGGUAGGUAGGCCGGCUCGAAGCUGACUGACCUGGGGGUGUCCAGGGAUCUCUAGGGUCUGCUUUUCCAUUGUGGAGAGGCCAAUGCCCCCUGGUGGUGUUUUGGGGGCAGGGAUGCAGGAAUCGGAGAGGCGUGGCCUGUGCCACCCUCUGUCCACGCACACAGACAGUGCCCUGUAAGGGAAACAGGACCGUUGACAAGGGGGAGGCAAGAGGACACCAAGCAAGGAGUGGUGGUUCUGAGCAAAAGAAAAUAUUUAUUAAAUAAAACAAAACAA